AUGGAUACCAGUCAAAUUGAGGAGCGGUGCGCGGCCCUGAGUCUGAUUGAGGAGGAUGCCAGCGGAUUGGAAGCGCCUGAUGUCCAGGCUUGUCCAGAUGCCUCGAUCAAGAACAACCUGGUUGGGCGUUUUCUCACAGAUCGGCCAAUUAAAUUUGAAUUUAUGCAACAGAUUCUGGCGUCUGUGUGGAGGCCGGUAAUGGGAAUGCAAGUGUUAGCGUUGACGGACGAAUUGUUCCUUUUCCAGUUUCCCCAUCCUAAGGAUCUCAAUAGGGUCCUCGAAGAUGGCCCGUGGACGUUCGAGAACAGCCUUCUCAUAUGCGAGACAGUCCCACCGGAAACCAGACCGGAGGAUGUCAAAUUGGAUACGGUUUGUUUUUGGGCUCAGAUUCAUGGUUUACCGUCCGUGUUUGCAACUAAGGAAUUUCUGGCGAAGAUUGGAGAUUACCUGGGUAGCUUCAUCACCGUCGAUCCGGGUAAUUUUGGAGGAUCAUGGCGUAGCUAUUUCCGCAUCAGAGUGCGGAUGGACAUCAACGCCCCGCUGAAGAGGAGGAUGAAACUAUUGCGUAAAGAUGGUUCAUCACAAUGGGUUUCAUUCCGCUAUGAGAGACUGGGUACUUUUUGCUUCUGCUGCAGAGUACUGGGGCACGUAGACAAGUUUUGUAAAAGAGUUUAUGAGGAAGGAACAACCCCAGAGGAAUUUCCAUUCGGGCCGUGGAUGCGUGCUGGACCACGGCGCCAAGUUCGACCAGUGGUGGCGAAAUGGUUGUUGUCAUCCCAGGCGACACUAAUGACUCCAUCUAAUGUACCUGCUGCGGGUCCUACUCCAAGGGCUACGGUAUCGCUGGAAGAAAAUGGUGGCAUACAGGGGGAACUCAAAAGGCGAAGGGAGGAUAGUGGAUCGUCGGGGAAUGAUCGGGAGGAUGAUGUAACAAUGCUGGAAUCUGUCAAUAUUCUGCCAAAGGCGGGUCUGGAGGGCCAGGCUCGCCUAGAUCAAUGA